UAAAACAUUUCUGUACUAAUUUCUUCCACUCGAAUUAGAUUUACAAAUCAAAAGCUGAAAGUCAAUGGUUCCGUCUUAGUCUCCCUUUACUUGUACACCAUUCUAAAGAUUUAACGCGGAAAGAACUUUGAUUCUUGUAAUAACCCUUCAACAAAAAUCUCUCUUCUUCGCUCUCUUUCUAUUUUUCGGUUACAUGUAGAAAAGUAAGGAUCUUUAUUGAUUUGGGUUAACCAUGAAUUGUUCCAUUCAGAGUCUAAAGUUUGCAACUUUAAUUCUAGUGUCAGCAACACUAAUAAGUUCUUCUGUAAUUGGAGAAGAUGAUGCGAAGUGCCUUGAAGGUGUUAGAAAUUCACUUAGUGACCCACAAGGAAAGCUAAGUUCAUGGAAUUUUGCUAAUUCAUCAUCUGGGUUUCUCUGCAAUUUUGUGGGUGUUUCCUGUUGGAAUGAUCAAGAAAACAGGAUUAUUAAUCUUGAACUGAGAGAUAUGCAGCUGUCAGGACAAGUACCUGAGUCUUUAAAGUACUGUAAGAGCUUACAAAAUUUGGAUCUUUCAUCAAAUGCUCUUUCUGGUACGAUUCCUUCUCAGAUCUGUACUUGGUUGCCUUAUUUAGUAACUCUUGAUCUUUCAAAUAACGAUCUUUCUGGUUCUAUCCCACAUGAUCUUGUUAACUGUACGUACUUGAAUAAUUUGAUAUUAUCAAAUAAUCGUCUUUCUGGACCUAUCCCUUAUGAGUUUUCCAGCUUGUCUAGGUUAAAGAGGUUUUCUGUUGCAAAUAAUGAUCUUACUGGUACAAUUCCAUCGUUCUUUAGUAAUUUUGAUCCUGCUGAUUUUGAUGGGAAUAAUGGACUUUGUGGGAAGCCUUUAGGAUCUAACUGUGGUGGGUUAAGCAAAAAGAAUCUUGCUAUUAUUAUUGCUGCUGGGGUUUUUGGUGCUGCUGCAUCUUUGUUGUUGGGAUUUGGGGUUUGGUGGUGGUAUCACUUGAGGUAUUCUAGGAGGAGAAAAAGAGGGCAUGGAAUUGGAAGAGGUGAUGAUACUAGUUGGGCUGCUAAAUUGAGAUCUCAUAAGCUUGUUCAGGUUUCUUUAUUUCAAAAGCCUCUCGUUAAGGUUAGAUUGGCUGAUUUAAUUGCAGCUACUAAUAACUUUAAUCCUGAGAAUAUCAUCAUUUCUAGCCGGACGGGUAUUACCUAUAAAGCACUUCUUCCGGAUGGAUCAGCACUUGCAAUCAAGCGUCUUAACACUUGUAAGCUUGGUGAGAAGCAUUUCCGAUCAGAGAUGAAUCGACUGGGGCAGCUUAGACAUCCAAACUUGACACCCCUUUUGGGAUUUUGUGUUGUAGAGGAUGAGAAGCUUUUGGUUUAUAAGCAUAUGUCUAAUGGCACUUUAUAUGCUUUGUUGCAUGGAAAUGGUACCUUAUUGGAUUGGCCAACAAGAUUUAGAAUUGGUGUGGGUGCUGCUAGGGGUCUAGCUUGGCUUCAUCAUGGGUGUCAACCUCCUUUCUUGCACCAGAAUAUAUGCUCUAAUGUGAUACUUGUGGAUGAAGAUUUUGACGCUAGGAUCAUGGAUUUUGGAUUGGCAAGGCUUAUGACUUCCUCAGAUUCUAAUGAGAGCAGUUAUGUUAAUGGGGACUUAGGUGAAUUAGGUUAUGUAGCGCCAGAGUACUCGAGCACUAUGGUUGCUUCAUUAAAAGGAGAUGUGUACGGAUUUGGGGUGGUGCUUCUUGAGCUUGUUACAGGGCAAAAGCCUCUUGAUAUUGCAACUCCUGAAGAAGAAUUCAAGGGCAACUUGGUGGAUUGGGUGAAUCAACUCUCAAGUUCAGGUAGACUCAAGGAUGCAAUUGACAAGAGUCUUUGCGGAAAAGGACACGAUGAAGAAAUCUUGCAGUUCUUGAAAAUUGGCUUGAAUUGUGUGAUUGCUCGGCCUAAAGAUAGAUGGUCUAUGCUCCGUGUUUACCAGUCGUUAAAGGUCACUGGCAGUGAUCUUGGUUUCUCAGAGCAAGAUGAGGAAUUUCCUUUGAUUUUUGGCAAGCAAGAUAAUGAAUAAACAAGUGAAUACUGCAAAAUUUCGGGUAAUAUUAGCCAAGAGAGGAAAAUAUGGAGCAAAAUACUACAAGAAAAAAAGAGCUUUAUUGGACGUGUUUGUGUUAAGACCCAAGACUGAGACACAUGAGCCUGCUAUUUGCUUUGCUAAUCCCAAUUCUACUAUUUAUCUAAGGAAUAUUUAGUCAUUUUGUAUUAUUAUUAGGAUUUAUAUUAAGAGUUAUUGUGGAUAAUGUUUAGUGGAGAUAAGGACAUACUUAUUGGGUUAGGGAGACUUAUGUUGGUGGAGGACUCUUCUCUAUAUAUAUCUCUGCCUUUUUCUCAUUCA